UGUUGCAGUUAUCCAGUGUCAAGUUGCAUCAGAUUCUGAAUCUAUGAAAGCCGGUUGAGUUGAAUUGUUUAUGUUUCUGGCACAACUCAUCAGAGAUAUCGGGUUGUAGAGUCGUUUCUGUAGGCUGUCGGCGGAGGAAACUAGAAGCAGAGUUCAGAUGAAGCUGUUUGUGAGUGAAGGCAACCCGCAGUGUGUGAAAGUGCUAGCAGCGCUCGAGCACACUGGAGUGAAAUGUGACUUGCAGCUUCUCGGCCACGAGGAAAAGGUGGUGUCCUUCCUAAGUCGCCCGGUCCUGCCUGCUGUGCUGUUACCCAGCGGCCAGCAGCUUUUCAGUGCGAAUGCCAUCUGCCAAUAUCUGUUCGAGGUUGGUGGGAAAGAGAUCACUGAUACUAGCAGGCAGUUAUUGGAAUGGGAAGCGACUGAAUUGCAGCCCGUGCUGCUUCAGGCACUUCAUGUGGCAGUGCUCCAGGGGAAGAGCAGUGAGGCCGGCACACUGCUGAAGGUGACUCUGAGCUGGCUGGAGCAGUUUCUCAGUGGAAAAUCCACACAGUUCCUAACUGCAGAGACAGUGGAAGUGGCGGACAUUGUCUUGUGGUCAGCAUUGUACCCCAUUCUGUCUGACUCUGAUCUGAAUGCAGGUGAGCUGCAUUUGGUUCGAGGUUGGUUUAAGCGUGUAAGCCAGCUCCCCGCAUGCACCAAAGCAGUGCAGGCGAUUCUGCCAGGCAAAGCGCUUAGUGCUCUGAAGAAUUUCCUUCAAAAGCAGCCAGCUUUACACACACAGCGAAGGGAAAACCUACCCAGUGAGACCGAAGAGGCUGAGCAUGUGAUGACCGAAGAGGAGAUUGAGGUAGCUGGUCAGACCUUUAGCGGAGGCCUGGCAGAGAGCCGUGUUACCGUAGAAAGGAAACACCCUGUAUUACCCAAGGAAGGGAAGCGUAAUGUGCUGGUCACCAGUGCACUGCCGUAUGUCAACAACGUGCCUCACCUCGGCAACAUUAUCGGUUGCGUGCUCAGCGCUGAUGUAUUCUCCAGAUAUGGCCGUUUGCGUGGCUGGAACUUGCUGUAUGUGUGCGGGACAGAUGAGUACGGCACUGCAACAGAGAACAAGGCUCUCGAGGAAGGUCUAACACCUCAACAAAUAUGCGACAAAUACUUUGCCAUCCACGAUGCCAUCUACAAGUGGUUCCAGAUCGACUUUGACUAUUUUGGCCGCACCACAACUCAACAACAGACAGAGAUUUCACAGAACAUCUUCUUCCGUUUGCUCGAGCGGGGCUUUCUGCAAGAGGACACGGUGGAGCAGCUGCGCUGUGAGCACUGCCAGCGCUUCCUUGCGGACCGCUUUGUUGAGGGUGUGUGUCCUCACUGCAAAUACCCCGAAGCCAGAGGGGACCAGUGUGACAAAUGCGGCCGACUCAUUAAUGCGGUGGAGCUGAAGGAUCCUCUGUGUAAGGUGUGCGGAAAGACUCCUGUGAUUCGCACGUCUAAGCAUCUGUUUCUCAACCUGCCCAAGCUGGAAGGCGAGUUAGAGAAAUGGCUGGAGCAGUCUUUCAGUACUGGUGACUGGACAGCGAAUGCUAAGCAAAUCACACGCUCAUGGUUAAGGGAUGGUCUGAAGCCACGCUGCAUCACACGAGACCUGAAGUGGGGGACACCUGUACCACUCGAAGAAUAUAGGGACAAGGUGUUUUAUGUCUGGUUUGAUGCCCCCAUCGGCUACCUCUCCAUUACAGCCAACUACACCAGUGAUUGGGAGAAGUGGUGGAAGAACCCACAACAGGUGGAGCUGUACAACUUCAUGGCAAAAGACAACGUUCCAUUCCACAGCGUAGUUUUCCCCUGCUCUCUGCUCGGAGCACAGGACAACUACACUCUCGUCAACAAUCUCAUCGCUACAGAAUAUUUGAACUAUGAGGACACAAAGUUCUCUAAGAGCCGUGGUGUGGGAGUGUUUGGAGACAUGGCUAAAGACACAGGCAUUCCAUCCGACGUUUGGCGUUUCUACCUCACCUACGUGAGACCCGAGGGCCAGGACUCGUCUUUCUCCUGGGCCGACCUGGCACUGAAGAACAAUUCCGAACUGCUCAAUAACCUGGGCAAUUUUAUCAACAGGGCGGGCAUGUUUGUGAGUAAGUUCUUUAAUGGCUGUGUGCCGGAGAUCGUUCUGCAGGAUGAAGACAAGCGUAUCAUUGCUCAGGUGGCCUGGGAGCUCAAGCAGUACAUCCAGUUGCUGGACAAAGUCAGGAUUCGUGAUGCCCUGAAAUGCGUUCUGAACGUCUCUCGUCAUGGCAACCAGUAUAUUCAGAUAAAUGAACCCUGGAAGAAGAUCAAAGGAGGAGAUGAGGACAGGAAACGUGCAGGCACUGUAACUAGUGUGUCGGUGAAUGUGGCGUGUCUCUUGUCGGCCAUGUUGGAGCCGUACAUGCCCACAGUCAGUCAGACCAUCCGUACCCAGCUGCAAGCUCCAGAUAAUUGUGCCAGUGCCAUGCUGGGUGCUGAGGGAUAUUUCCUCCGCAGCCUCCCAACCGGCCACCGGAUCGGAACGGUCAGUCCUUUGUUCCAGAAGCUGGAUUCUGAGCAAAUUGAGAUACUGAGGAAGAAAUUUGGAGGACAACAGCCAGAGGAGGAGACCCCCUACGGCAAAGGGUCCAAGUAAAAAGAGCAGCACAACGGAGACCAAACCUCCUACUGCCGCAGAACAUAUUGCAAAUCAAAGAAAGAAGUGAUGAGACAAGAGGAAGCGUGAGUAGGAGUAAAGAUGCCAUCGUUUGGCUUUACCAGAAGAAGAUACAUAGUACAGGGAAUUUUUCUUCUCUUUUAAAGGAAUCGUUGUGAAUGAAAAUAUAUCCGUAACCAACUUGACAUGGCUGCUGGCAAGACAGACAUGUUGAACAUAAAUUGCAAAUACCAUACAAUAAUAAACACGCUUUAAUGUGGCAAGAUAA